AUGCAGACGUUGUAUUUACUGAGCGAUAGUCUUUUAAUACGCUCCAAAAUUGAAUUACACGAUAAAAACAUUAAAUAACUACUAAAAGCUAAAUGAAAUAACGUAAUUUGUCUUGCGCAUGCGCAGUGUUGAGCCCUUGACCUCGACUCUUCUUCUCCGCCUUUGCGUGCUGGUGAUCCGCCAGUAAGUUCUCUCCGUCAUGGCGGCUCGUGUCCUGCAGCAGUGUGUCCGCUUGCUCGCCCAGCCCUCGCUGAGGCGUUCCUCCGUCAACCUCGCAGUCAGAGCAGCCGCUGCCCCGGCGGCGACCGUCCUCCGACCCGUCUCCUUCGCCGCGGACAGCCGGAGGACGCGGUGGCUCGGCCAGAGCCGGAUCUCCUCUGUGGGCGUGCUGUGCCGACAGUAUGGAGACUUGCCCCCCCUCACCUUAGAAACCAUCAAAGACCGCGUCAUGUACGUUCUGAAGCUCUACGACAAGAUCAACCCAGAGAAGCUGCAGACAUCCUCCCACUUCAUGAAAGAUUUGGGUUUGGACAGCUUGGACCAGGUGGAGAUCAUAAUGGCCAUGGAGGACGAGUUUGGCUUUGAAAUCCCUGACGCAGAAGCAGAGAAGUUGAUGACUCCAGAGGAGAUUGUACAGUACAUCGCAGACAAGAAAGACGUUUAUGAAUAGCCUGUUUCUAUAGUUCACCAGAUUCAGUGGGUAACCCCCCCGCCCCACAGACAGGAAGUUCUGGUAAAGCGGAUGGGCGCCGAACCGUUUCUCGCUCAAACCUCAUCAGCUCUUCUGUCCACUGCAAAGACGUCUGCGUCACCCGCUGUGUCUUGUGUUUGACUGUAUUUAAUUGAACAUGUUUUUGGGAGCUUGGAGAUUAAAAAUUGGAUUAAAACCAUAUUACACAGCUGUGAUUGUUAUGUUUCUUCCAGCCCCAGCCUGUGGUUCUGAUGUAGACUUUCUCAUGAAUAAAGAAAACAAAUUCAACAAAAGGCACAUGCUGUAUGUUUUCAUGAUGAAUGUCCCACGAAUAGUACAUUUUCUGUGUGGAAAUCUGACAAUGCAGCCUCAGAAAUCUGUGUAGGUUUUGCAGCUGAACUGAGAGCUUUGACUCUUUCCUUUUUGUGCAAUUCCAAACAUCUA